CUGGUCCUGCUGCUGACUCAUCUCUCACCUUCAGCCAGCUCGCAUGCAGACGACGACGCCGAUGACGGCGAAGCCUUUCCCCCACAACGCGUCAACUGGGCUGCUAUGAGAGCGGAUGCCAACAUGGACUACCUUCGAAACUCUCAGAUCCCCGAAUAUUCGGAUGAGGACGACCCGGCUGGCGUCCCCUUCGGCGACCUUGGAGACAUCUCCGCCGAGGACACUAGCGUUGAGGACGACGAGAAUCAUGCAGUCGACCAGCAAGAAGAGGCAGAAUUCGACCCCCUUGCCGUCGGUCUAAAGGAAAUAUCCAAUCUGGGGAAAUUCACCGUUAGCAGCCACAAGCAAGGCAACGGUGUCGACCAGCUGCGGAACGACAGCUUGAAGACUUACUGGCAGUCUGACGGUCCCCAGCCUCACAAAUUGACCGUCUACUUCAUCAAGCGCGUCGGCAUCAGAGACAUUCGCUUCUACGUGGACUACAACGAGGACGAGUCCUACACGCCCACCAAGAUCGUCUUCAAGUCUGGCACCAGCGAGAACAACUUGAUCCAGUUCGCCCAGAUGGAGUUGGCGGCGCCUGUAGGAUGGCAGCAGGUCCCCAUCGCCGGCUCCGGCGGUGGCCCUGACGGCAACACGCUCGUAUCGUAUGUGUUCCAGAUGCAAAUACUCGAGAAUCACCAGAAUGGAAAGGACACCCACCUCCGCUCCAUCAAAAUCUACGCCGCGGACAACGAUGGUGUUGGUGUCGAGCGAGAGGCUCACCCAACUUCUGCGAACACCGCUACGAAUGUCGAUGAACCUGAUACGGAGGAACUAGCCGAUCCCUGGGAUAUAUCUGCCCUCGAAGCUGAUCUCCCUGUUCCGGACUUCAUGAAAGAGCCUGAGAUUCGAUGA